AUGCUAAACAAUUUCACAAGGAGCCAAGGCAACACAAAUGACAAUAAUUAUUUGAGUCUAAUCCAACAAUUCAGUAAUACUGUUACUAAGAGGGAUGUCGUCAAUUAUGCCUCAUUGUUAUAUAAUUUGAAUUUCGCAUUUUCGUCACUGAAAGGAUGUGAUAGAGAAUUGCCCAAGAUAUUACGUGGUUCCGAAUCACUACUUCAAAUCCCGGACUUUUCCCAGGAUAUGGAUGUUGCUCAUAGUAAAAAUAGUAAUAAUAUCCUAUCUCAAACCAAUAAUGACACGUUUUGUAAAAUCUUAGAAUCAUCAUUUGGUUCCAUUGAAGAAUUCAAGACUUUGUUUAUGAAUUCUUGUUCAGCAAUUUCAGGUGAUGGGUUUACAUGGUUAAUUGCUAAAAGAAACUCGUCAAAUAUGAUGAUGGAAUCAUUAACAAAUUCGAAAAACAAUCUUGAUAAAUUGUUUGUGUUGAAUACUUACAAUGCUGGAUCUCCAUACAUUAAUGAUCGUUUGGAAAUGAUGAAAAUGUUAGCAAACAAAGCUAACAAGAUGCAAGAAGGGAAGAUGGAGAUGGAAACCGAUGAUGUCAAUUCGGAAAAAGUCCCCAUAUUUGAAGGGAUGAUGUCUGUGGAAGAAGCAAGAGAAACCCAUUCUGUUGAUGUCAAGGCUCAAUACGUUCCAUUGUUGGCAAUAGAUGGUUCGCCGAAGUCAUGGCUAAUGGAUUAUGGUGUGUUUGGUAAGGAACAAUACCUUAACCAUGUCUGGGAUUCUAUUGACUGGUAUGUGGUCGCAAAUAGACUUCCGAAGAGUGUUGAAUAG